GAGUCUAUAUCCGAGACGCAGGUUGGGGGGGGGGAUUUUAUUUUGGCUCGAGUCUGUUAAAUUGUAACAUUUUCUAGGUUGUGCUUUGUUUUUGUUUUUUUUAUUAGUAACUAUGGAGCGACCCAGCCUUCGGAGACUGUUCUCUGCUUGCGACGUGAACAAGUCCGGUAAGAUUGAGUACGAGGACUUCACGGUUGUCUGCCGGGAGCUCAGCGUCCCCGAAACCGAGAUCAAGACUUUGUUCGACAAGUUCGGAGCGCACGAAGACGGAUACAUCGACUACAGCAAGUUUUCCUCCAGGUUUCAGGAGGUUUCGGAGACUCUGGAUCUGGCGUCUUUUGGCGCUGGGGCAUCCCAAGCACAAGACUCCCUCUGGGAAGAGUUUGAAGACAGGGCAGAUGCGAAAUCUAUCCUCACCGAAAGUGUCAGGGAGCAGCUGGCCGAUCUUUACAAGGCCAUUCACUCCUCUGCAAACAUGACUCUGCUGCAGCAGUAUGAGGAACUCGUACACUCUCUCAUCAACCAAAGCCUGGACAGCAGACUUCAGUGUGAACAGCUUGAGACCAGUCUGAAGCGAGCCGAGGAGUUAAGUACCAGUCAGCUGGCAGAGCUGGAGGACGAUAUACAGCAGCAUCUAGUUAGGACAGAGGAGAGGGUGAGAGACGAGGAGAGAAAGAAAAUGGAAGAAAUUAUGGCUAGCUUGCAGAGGAAGCAUGAGAAUGAGCUUGCAGACCUGCAUGCCACUGUGGACAGGCUGUUAAAGAAUAAAGAAGACUCUGAAAUGAACCAUUCAAAGGAAGAAGUGCUCAAACUGAACAGACAAAUCAGUGAUCUCUCACAGGAGAAUGAGCAGCUGCACAGCUCUCUUCUGCAAGCCCAGACAAACAUCGCCAUCCUCCACUCAGAGCUGGACAAGCUGAAAAACAUGUAUGCAGAUCAGAAAGCUCAACACGAACGAGAAACAGAGGAUUUGAAGAGGAUGGUUAUGGAAUACCAGUCAUACUCCAGUCAGAUUCAGAUCCUCCAGGAAAUGAAUAAAAAGCUGUAUGACAGUAAUGAUGGCCUCCGCUCAGCACUGGCAAGCGAAGCAGUUGCAGCUAAAAGAAGGCUGUCUCCCCAAAAUGAAAUCCCAGCCCGGAGAAUGAAACCCCUCCGACAGAGCACACUCAACCGUAGCGGCUUGGAGGUCCCCAGCAAGCUGACCUACUCUCAUGUGGCCACCUGGGCUAAUAAGUACCUGGACAGUGGUGUCUCCCUGCCGAUGGACACAGCUGAGAGCUUGGGCAGUGAUUAUGACAGCGACGACAGCAGAAGCUCAGUGGAAACUGUGCACCACAGUUACUCAUGUGUCCCAUCUGAUGUGGAGAUCUCAGAAGUGAAAUCUGAAGCUGCUGUGUCAGUGGCUCCGAGCAUGGUGAGCUCCAUCACUUCUUCCCUACGAAGACGUUUAUCUGCCUUUUCCCCAAAGCAACCUUUAGAAGCAGACAUACAAGAAACUGAGGAGCCCACUCCGAUGUAUCGCCUGGUUUUAGCAGGAGACGCAGGAGCAGGGAAGUCCAGCUUCCUGCUGAGACUGACCCUCAAUGAAUUCAGAGAUGAUAUUCAGACGACACUGGGGGUCGAUUUUCAAAUGAAGAGGAUGCUAGUGGAUGGGGAGAAGACGAGCCUGCAGAUUUGGGACACAGCUGGGCAGGAAAGGUUCCGUAGUAUUGCCAGGUCUUAUUUCCGUAAAGCUCAUGGGGUCCUGCUGCUCUACGAUGUUACUUCAGAAAGCAGCUUCCUUAAUGUCAGAGCGUGGGUGGAUCAGAUUCAGGAUUCAGCAGAGGAGAAAAUCCCCAUGUGUGUUAUUGGAAACAAGGUGGACCUCCGAGAGGAGCUUCCUAAGGGAAGCUGUGUGAGCAGUUUGCACGGUGAAAAGUUGGCCAAGACAUACGGUGCCUUGUUCUGCGAAACAAGUGCCAAAGAGGGUACAAACAUCACAGAGGCUGUGCUUCAUCUGGCAAGAGAAGUGAAGAAAAAUGUCAAACUGAGGCCGCAGUCAGAUUCUCAGGUCAGACUGAGUCAAACCAGCCCAAAGAAAACUCUUAACAGCUGCUGUGGACUGUAGACAACUAAUAUCUGUACAGACAGACAGAGAGCAAAGGAGGACAAUGUGCUGUUUUUUUAUUUCAUAAACAUAAUAUAUAUUUUUUUAAAUUUAACUUUGAUAUAUAUUACCAUAAAAUCCUAAAUAUACUUUUUUUUUAUUCUCUGAUUAAAAUGAAGGUUUCUAUUGUGGGGAUAUUGCACAUGUACAAAUAUUAAUGUACAAUCUUACAUUUUUUUUCUUAAGUUUUGUAUUUAUUUGGUAGAUUUAUU